AUGUCAUGCGAAGGUAUUCAUUCGCAACUGCUAUUUAUACUUCUGGCGUGUUACUGGAAUGUUAGCUACUACACGAUUCUUGUGCUUGUGCCUGGUCAUGAUUCCAAUCUCACGGAUUCAACGACAAUGGCCAGCGACGUAUCAUAUGCCAAGUAUACGAUUGUCAUCCCGAUGAUUGUACACAUCUUCGCUUCAAUUUGUAUAGUCUGUUGCAUAAUAAUGAACAACAUGGAAAGAUUCGCCAAAAAGCUGCCAUCCACAGUAAUUGUUACAACCUUGAUAUUCGUACUUUUUUUCAACGUGUUAUCUGUUCUCCUUAUGUUCUGGCACGCAACCCCAAGAGCGGAGGAGUUGGCGCAAGUGAAGGCUUGUGCAAUUCUUUCUCUCGUGACUGCGGUUCUCGUAUUUUUGACGAUGACAUAUUUCUUUGUGCGACCUUCUAGAACAGCUUUGAUUAUUCACGAUCAGUACAAAGAACCAAAGAAAAUGAAGAUUUCCGCUCCUCCGCCAGCGCAAGUACAAAAGAGCAAAGAUCCGACCGCAGAAACGAUGAUUUCACAGGAAAAGCCUCCUUUCAAACCCUCUUCUGACGAAAAUCAGUAUGAAAAUUUAGCUACAGUCAAUAAGAUAACAAGCUUCUGA